AUGAGUGAUACGAUGGACAAACUACCGAUUACGGAUCCAACAAUUCGGAUCGUGCCGUCUAAAGAUUUGCGCAAGUUUAUUGGCAACAAUAUAUCCAUGUCACCAUCAGCCCCGGCUUCAGUGCGGGAAAUUUACUGUACUUACAAUGUUGGCAAAAAAGGCAAAACAUCCAUUAACAAGAAAGGCUCUCCGGACGAUGGUAAACAAAAACAUGUAACUGUUGAUUUUACUGCGGAUGAGCGGAACCUAAUUAGUCACAUGGUAGCCGGCAUGAAGGAUCAACAAGGUGAACUGAACUCCAUGGCUUUUGUAGGCCCGGAGCAAGACAACUCACAAAAUACGAGUACAGAUGCAACACAGUUGAACCUCAGUGAUAUCAAGUGGCUCUAUGCAACACUCAAAGAAUUGCGGCAAACUGACCCAACUGUACCAUAUUUGCAUACUCUACUGAACGGCUGCCAACUGAAACUGCCAGUUAAUCCGAUACAGGAGAGAAACCCAGAACUGGAAGCGCGAUGCCAGCGUCUUCGAAAGGAACACGAGGAUCGGGAAUAUUAUCGAAUGACGAAAAAUGUCGACAGCAUUCGCAAGCACAUGCCCGAGGAGACUAUAAGCUAUCAGAUGAAGCAAAUCAAUCGGCAUUUGAUUGCGGUGGCCCAGUUUCUGUUUUCCGUUGCCGCCGGUUUCGCAUUUGGGUUCAUCGGCAUCGAGUUGCUGAUAGGACAGCUAGAUUUCGGUUUCCGUUUGCUGCUCGGUAUUAUCAUCGCUCUUAUAAUCGCACUGGCGGAGAUCUACUUCCUGGCGAAGAAGUUAAACGAAGAGUAUGAUCUACCACCACCACCUGCUUUUACCUCGAAGGAAAAGCCACCAUCCACCGUACAGAAAGCCGUCCCAGCGUCCAAAUCAACCAACAAGAACACGAGCACAAAGGAGCACGAUGAAUGA